UUUGGUUUUUAUUUUUUUAACGCUUCAUUGUGCGCGAUUUUUUUUAUUUCUUUAUAAACUAGAAUAUAUUUUCUCUUUGAAUUCAACGGUCGUUCAUUUGCAGCACAAGCCAUAUGUUUUUUUGUUGAAGAAUACUCCCCUUUUUUCUUUGCUUUUUUCUGCUACUGUGUAUUUUUUAUCACCAGCGAGCGGCUUGCUACUUCCUCAGUGCUCUGUGCCUUUUAUCAUUUUAAUUUAUUUACUCUCUCAAUACAACCCAGACACUUUUAUUGUUUUAUAUUUCUCUCAAAUCUCAUUUCAUUUGUAAAAUGCCAGAGACCAGCGACAGUGGCGACCAAAUGGACACAAACGACGCAAACGGUAGUGGAACUACCCCGUCACAGGCCGGGCAGGGCACAAUGCCGCCACCGGCGCCUACAGCGCCCACUACGAGAACAGCAGCUGUUGCAAUCAGAGCACCUCUGCCGCCCAUUCUCCCCCCACCACCACUACACCCACAUGGCCAUAGCCAGCAGCACGAGCGGCUCAAAAGGCAGGGCCAAACUCAGAGCAUUGCACCUCUCGGCAGUAUCCUUGCUGCGGCGUUAUUCCCUGGCAGCCCGCACUCAGUCUCCGAGGACGACGUCGGCCAUUCGGGGCAUCGGUCUUCGGGGAGCGAAAGCCCUUUGCCUCUGCAUGUGCGGCCACCGGCGUUUCUCGUUCCAGGCGGUGAUCGCGGCGGCCACCAGACAAUGGCGCAGGCCACGCCGCUGGUAAUUCCGAGACCCAACCAGAUGAUCUCGUCGGGAAUUAUCGGUAGCAGCAGCUACAUGGACCCGAAUAUAGUCGAGUUCUUCCACUACUUUAACGCCUUGUUCCCCAUUGUGCACUGGCCGUCGUUCAAGGAGGCCUAUGAUGACGGGACGGUGCCGAAUUACCUCAUUCUGGCUAUCAGAGCACUGUCCAAGCGCUAUUCGAAGCAGCCGUCGGUGGUACUGUCUGGUCAGUUGUAUGCUGCUGGCCAGGACUUGGCUGCUAUUGCUACGUCGCUGGCGGAGGUGGCUACAAGGGAGGAUCCCAACACGUAUUUGAUUCAGACGUGGACUAUUCUGUCAAUGUUUGAGUUUGGCAUGGGCCGGAUGAAGCAGGCUGCAGAUCGCCGUGAACUGGCUGUAAGGCUCGCGUACCAGUUGGAACUAAGUCACAUCGAGGUCCGCGCAGGACAACGGCGCGCGCGAUCCCUCAUAGUAGCAGAGAACUGCCGGCGUGUCUGGUGGACGCUCUUUUACGCCGACCGCUACUUUUCGCUGGUUUCAAGCGACCCUGAAAUCAGCCCAGCUAUCCACGAGUCCACCUAUCGAGUGGGUUUCCCGCGCGCCAUGCGCGAGGCAUCGCCGCCGCCAUUCCAACAGCAGCAGCCGUUGCCAGGCGGGUCCAACCGAGACGUUGAGUUUCCGCGGUACAUGGACCACGACGUAAUUCUCUGGUUCCAAUCAGCCAUCCCGCUGUCCCUUCUCAUGGGCCAUUUGGCACACCAAUGUCGGGCAGCCGAGCAGCUGUUCCGCAAUGGCCUAGCGGAGCGGCCGGCCGACCGCCUAUGGGAGGACGGCGAGUGGCUUGCAGCACUGGGCGAGUUCACCAAGAGCUUCCUGGUAAUCGACGCCGAGAUAUCACAGUGGCGUCAACAGCUCAACGCUGCCACGGCCAUGUCUCUGUCGCCGCCGGACAGCCCCGUGGACAAUGGCUCCGGCCUUGACCAGUCCCAUAGCACGCGCGACGUCACGUUAUUCCACCGCGAACUGCAGUACCACGGGCUGGUGAUCAUCCACCAAUGCCUUGCACUCUACGCCUACGAGAAACUGCGCGCCAGCCUCAGCACCCUGGCAUCCGCCUGUACCUCGCUGCUGUGGCUGGAGAGUACGGCGACACAGGCGUGGAAAAAAGUCGUGAGGUCGGCGGAUAUUAUUCGCGUCAGAACGAAUGCCCGCGCCACCGAGCUUGCCAACGCCAGGGCGUCGGCCUCCGGAACUAUGGCCAAUGGGGCUGCGCCUGAGCCCGAAUGGGAGCUUUGCGCCCCGCAUAUGCCCUUUUUGCUCUACUUGUCUGCCAAAGUGCAUGUGUGCCAGUAUCAUUGGCAGAAGAUUGCGUUGGCACGCACGAGGGCGGAUUCCUUGGAGAGGAAGCAGAUGCAGAGGUCGAGGGUGAAUGGAGGCAAUACUAUGGUGGAGCCGCAGCUGACCCCGGCUUUUGUGCGGCCAUUUAGCCAGCCGCCUUCAGCCACGGACACGCCGGGGGCUUUAGCGCGUGCUGACUACUGGUCCACCAACGCCAAUGCGCCUUCCCCAUCCAAGCACCAGCAGCAGCAGCAGCAGCGGCAGUCAGUGGUGCCUGGUAAUGGAUCUGGGCACUCUGCAGGGUCCAUCAAUGUCAAUCUGUCUGAAGCCACAGGCCAUGUGGUUGCCGCGGGUACCCCUGUGAUGACCACCUCGGGUGCCGCCGCUCUGGCUGCUGCCCAAGCGGCAGCAGCAGCAGGCAGCAAUAAGAGCAACAGCAGCCGGCACACCACACCCCAGCGCAGCCGCGGGGGCUCCACAACCCACCUCCACACACUAAGUGACUCUGACGGCAUGGACGAAACAACACUAUCAGCAACAAUACCAAAGACCCACAUAGAAAACGUAUCCGGUAAAAAAACAUCGGAUACUAAUAACAAGAGCAACAACAGCAGCAACCCGAUGUCACCGAGACGGACAACUGGGGACUAUACAGAUGGUGGGUUCCGUAUGAACAUUGAUGGUAUUGAUGAUGGUGAGGGCAAUGAUAGUGUGGAUGAAGAGAGUAUUGAGGUCAAGCUGGCGCGCAGAGUGGCUAGUUCGCAGGAGCGAUUGGAGCUGUUGUUGCGUUUACUGAGUGUCUGUCAGGAGUAUUGGGCGGACCAUGAUUAUGUACAGAUGCUCCGUGAUAUGCUCAGUUGGCCGGAUGAAUGGACCACAUCGAUGCAGAUGCUUGAGCGGCUGCUUUUGGAACUUCGCAUAGACUGAGCCUAAAAAAAUUCUUAAAUUAAAAAUAAAAGGACACAAAAUCAAC